AUGAAUAGUUUCGAAGUUGGACAGUCUUCUUCAGCGAAGUCUGAAUCUGGUCGAAAAAAGAGAUUGUCAGGUCCUGGUCCGACGAACCUUACCGAAGAGUUAGUAUACCAGUAUGCAUUACGUGUCGCGUACCUGGUAUACUUAACACAACCGAGAAUUCCAAAAGUUAUAAAACCUGCACCCCCUCAAGCCGUUACUUCCGCUUUUAGACCUCCUCUAGAGGCUUCAAAGCGAGGUAGCUUUGCAGUAAAAGAUUCAAGUAAAACAACCAUUGAACAAGUAUUUAAUACUCAUCUCUCAGCCUUCCAUGAUAUUUUUAAAGAUGAUAAAAAGUCAACGAAAAGCAAUAAAAUACCUAAAGAGUUAUUUAAAAUAUUAAGAGAUAAACUUGGAGAUAUUACGACCGGUAGAGAUAGGAACCCUCUUUAUCAGGAUCCUUACUUACAAAGGGAUCUUACAUUAUUUUAUCAUGAUUUACAACAGCCUAAUUUUCGUAAGCAAUUUAAAGAUAGUACCAAAAUUGAGGACAUUGUUUUAGUUUAUCUCAAAACUUCUCAGGAUGAACUAAAAAAAACCCAAAUGCCUGCAAAUAUCACGUGGCAAGCUAAACUUAUGGAUCAUGUUGUUAUAUUUGUGGGUAUAUUAAAAGAAUGUCUUAUCAAAACUCCAUCGGUAGCCCCUGAAAUGAUGGCACGACUAGAAAUUUAUUUAACCAAGAUGACUGGUGGGCCUAAAACACCACCGAUCAUAAAUGGGAUUAGUACGAAUGUUGAAGAUAUGGCAAUGGUUAAAGUAGUCCAAGCGAUUUUCAACAUUCCUCCUAAUCAAGCACAAAGGGAUGUUAAUGAAUUAAAAAAUAUUUGUAGUGAACAAUCUGCAUUAGAAGAUCUUCGAAAUAUUAUAAACCAUGUAAAUCGUGGCGCAAAUUUUCCGGCUUGUAGAGAUGAUUUUGAUUCAGAUGAAGCUUAUAACAAUUGGAAAACAAUCGAGUUGAAACAAAUUGCAGAAAAUAUUGCUGUAAUGAUUGCACUUAAUCCAGACCUAGGUCUUAAAAAAUCUACGGAAAUACGGCAGUCACUUUUGUCAGGACCAAAUGAUAAAAGGAUAUCGUUAGCAUCAAACCCACGACGCACAACAUUCGCAGGAUCAAUGCAUCCUGAAACUAUGAACGUUGCUCUUCGUCAAUAUGAAGAAGCACGUUCAACUGAACGUUCCAUCGACUCACAAUAUCAACAGGUUCAACAACCAGGUUAUUCAUUUCCUUAUAAUUCACAGCAGCCAAUAUACCAUCACAGUAAUCAACAAACACAAACAUCAUAUCCACCAUAUAGUAAUCAACCACCAUAUCCACCAUACAAUAAUCAACAACAUCAUUCAUCAUAUAAUAAUCCACAGCAACCGCCAUAUCUUCCUUAUAAUCCUCCAUAUCAUCAGUCACAGAAUUCAGUUAAUGAACCUAAAGAAACACUUAAUCCGCCUAUUGAGUCAAGUAGUCAAGGAGAUUCUUUUACUUUUAUUCCGCCAAAUCAUCGUAAUUACUACAAGUAUUUGAUGUAUAAGUGUAUAGAUUACGAGUUAUCACAUAUGUCUCAUGAAGAGUUUUCAUUUAAGAUCCUUUCAAAAAGUACUCUCGAUUUGCUUAAUGAAUGUGGACUACGUUGGAGAGUUUCGCCUGCAUUUAGAUGGUUGCAAUAUUUAGAUGCAAUCAAGAGUCGAUAUGAUAGUCCCGAUCCCGAAAUCAAUUCUCAGAUUAGCUUGGAUCACAUAAAGGAAGGGAUUCAUGACUCUUUAUUAAGAGACCUGAAUGAAGGAUUAUCGCAAUACUUCAGGAUUAAACCAUCAAGUUUUGAUCCGAUUUUGUCUUUAAUGCAGACGAUUCAUGAAAAUGAAUUAUUUCAAGAACGAUAUGCUAACGUUCUAUCAUCGUUGUACAAUGAACAUAGAUCUCGUGUUAUUGAAGUAACGAUUAAAAGAUACCAAGAGAAGAGAGACAAAAUUUAUAAUCAAGCUGCUAAUGAGGUGCAUGCCUUAAUAUCUAUUGCUCGAUCGUUUCAAGAAGACUUGGAAAAAUUACGCACCAAAUUCCCAAAACCUUUAAUAAACCAAGUCGAUAUUACUUGCUUAGUAAUUAGAACACAAAUUCCUCUUUAUAUUGCGGAUAUGGAAAAUGCUACAUCUGAAAUCUUAAAUAAAGUCAAAAUGACUCCUGAAGAAGGAAUUCCAGUUGACGAUAUUUUUGAAUUAUACAGAGAAGUUCUCGCUAUUAAAAAAAUCUUUUUAGAAAAUUGUCAUGGUGAAAUAUUUACUUUUAAUAUUCAAGAGUGGUUUGGACCUCAUGUUCGUAAAUGGUUAGAAGCUAUGGACUCUAAGACUCCAGAAUGGGUAGAAUCUGCGGUUAGAGUUGAUAAGUUCAAGUCAGUUAGUGCUACAGAUAGCCAUUCUUCUUCCGUAGUUGAUCUUUUCACAUCUUUUAAUCAAACUAUUGACUUUCUUAAACGACUAAAUUGGCCAAAUGAGUUCCAAAGUGCUCGUUAUAUGACGAGCUUAUCUAGGACUGUCAGUAAGGCUUUAGAGCAAUAUUGUAAUGUUAUAGAGGAAAAGUUUAAAGUGGACAUGUUUCCACCGGAAGAAACUGAACAAGUUGCAUCAAAGCAAUCGGCUUGGUAUAUUAGAGCCAAAACUGCUAUGGCAACUGAUAAAGUUGUUCCUUUAGAUAUUAAGCCUGAGUCUUGCAUUAAAAUUAAUAACAUUGAAGCAGCACGUGAACAGCUUGAUAAUUUGUAUAAUUCAAUGGAUGUUGAUUAUUUAGCUCAAAUUAUACGUGAUUCAGAACAAGCACCGCCCGUUCCGGAUAAGGUGGAAAAAAGCAGAUAUCUCUACACAAUUAAAAUAGUUCAAGCAGAAAAUCUACCUGCUCUUGAUACCAAUGGGUCCAGUGAUCCUUACUGUGUGCUUGCGGACGAAAAAGGAAUGAAAUUAGUUCAGACACGUGUAAAAUUUGAAACGUUGAAUCCACGUUGGGACGAAGCAUUUGAUAUCACCAUUGAAUCUUCAGACAAAAUGCGAUGGUUAAGCGUUACAGUGUGGGACAGAGACCAAGUUGGUUCUGAUGAUGUAUGUGGGAAAGCUUAUAUUAAGUUAGAUCCUAGUUUCUUCGAUGACUUCUUAGCUCACGAUGUGUGGCUAGAUUUAGAUCCACAUGGUCGAAUAUUAUUGAGAAUAAGUAUGGAAGGAGAAAAGGACGACAUUCAAUUUUAUUUUGGAAAAGCGUUUAGGACGUUAAAACGUGCACAUGAUGAUAUGGCAAGAAUAAUUGUUGAUAGAUUGUCUCCAUUUUUGAGACAAUGUUUAUCAAGAGAUGUCAUUUCAAAACUGGUGAAAACUCCCGGUAUAUUUUUUAAUCAACCGAAGCUCGAAUUGACAGAUCUUGACAUCGAAAAAGCGAUUCAUCCACUCUUCGAUUAUUUUGAUCCCAACUUAAUGACGCUCAAUAGUUAUCUACAUCAAGUGGUGUUUACAAAAGUCAUGACUAAAGUAUGGAAAGAAAUCGAAUCUAUUAUUGAGGAACUCUUGGUACCUCCUUUAUCAGAUCGACCUUCUGAAAUGAAACCUCUUAAUGACAUUGAGGUUGAUGUUGUAAUUAAAUGGCUUAAGUUCCUUCAUAAUUAUCUCUAUGCUGAUGGAAACGGUCUAUCAAAAGAAGUUCUUGAAAACCAAAAGUAUCUUGAUAUAAUGUCGAUAACAUAUUAUUACGAUAUGGAAACCGAGACACUUAUGCAAGAAUAUCUUAGUAACCAAAUCACAAGUACGAUAACAGUUAAAAAAUCAACAAGCAUCAACAAAUCAGUAAUGAAUUCGCGUAAUUUAGGAACAAUUAAAAACCGAAAAUCUCAAAAACGUAAAAAUAAUACUCAGGAUAAUAGUGAAAUUAUUUUAAGAAUUUUAAGGAUGAGAUCAGGUACCAAAGUAUUUUUGAAACAACAAAUGGAAGAAAGAGCUAAAAAGACCUCUCAAAAUUCAGAUGAUACACAUGGUGAAAUAUGA